AUGAGCCGUCCGAGUUCGCUGAUUGGCAGACGGAUCUGUGACAUUGUCUCCACGUGGCGAAUGGUUACGGUGUGCGGAGUCGUCUUGUCCGAAUCGAAGUCGACGGUGAUACCGAAUGGAAUACCGAUCUCGUCGAGCCGUCUGAAUCUUCUUCGAAUCCUUCUUGAAACUCUUUCCAAGAAGUGCCAUAUUCGCCUCGGCCUCCACCACAUUCACGUCGACCAUCCUUCUCUUGUCCAACUUCCCAUUCGUCGCCUUGAAGUGUUGCUGGAGAUCGUAACAAGCUUUGUCUGCGUUUCCGACGCAUUCGAUCCAUCCGUACGACGUCAGAAUUUCAGCAUCCCAGCUGUCUUGAGCAUAGUGAGCCAUCUCGUUCGAGAGAUGCUGACGGAACCGGAGACGACGGUCGUCGAUACCGAUUUUCAUGAGGAAUUGAUGGCAACGGGCCAUUACGCCAAAACGUACAUUGGCAACAGCCUCUCCAAUAGCGACUUCUCUAGCCGGUGCGCCAUCCAAUUGAUCGCAAGCGGAGAGCAAAACGAGCUUUUGAUCGGCAAUUUUCGCGAAUUUCGAGAAGCUCUUGUCCUCUGGAUCGACAAAGUGCUCGAUUUCACACAUGGUGAAUUCACGAACAUGAAUGAGUCCCUGACGGGGAGAGAUCUCAUUUCUGAAGCCAAGACCGAUUUGAGCGGCGGCGAACGGAAGUUUUCCAUAAUUGAACUCGAGAAGUCUCUUGAAGUUCACGAAGAUUCCCUGAGCGGUUUCUGGGCGGAGGAUGCUUUGAAGUCGCCGGUUAGUCCGAUUUGA